AUGAAAAAUAUUACGGCUAAACAGAUUGGCAAAGUUACAGGAGAUCAGAGUAUUUUGUCUACUGAAUAUCCAGCACCAUCCAUGAAAUUGACAAGUCCAGAUAUGAUCAUUCUGAUGGAAGCAAAGGAAACUAAGGAUGAUGAAGAACCUAAGAACAAAGUAGACACCACAUUUAGGGAGGUGACAGAUAUAUGGAAAACAUCUUGUGCUUCAGUUUGUCCGUAUAAAAUUGAUUUGAAUGCAGAAUAUGGUAAAAAUGUGGUUUGUAACAGAAAAUCGCAGUCCAAAGGAAUGGAAUCGCUACGUAACUUCAGUAUUUCCUUAUCUUGGAAUACUUCGGUCAUUAUAGAUGAAGAAGAAUGCAUUAUUAGCUUGAAGUCAUAUUGUGUUCUUGAUAAGAAAAACAAAUCUAAUCGUAUCUGCAACAAUAAGAAUGUUUCAGAAAAAAGAAUAUGUAGAGGGUGUUGUAAAGAAGAGAAUGAGGAUCGACACAAACGUACGAUGUGUCCAAACGCAAAAACCUCCGAUGAUGAAACUACUGAAAACGAUAAUUCUUCCUUAGACGAGGAGAAAAAAGAGAAUGAAAUGGAAAAUGAUGAAAAUGGCAAAGACAAUAAACAAAAGAAAAAAGGCAAAAAGAAGUGUAAAGAGAAAAUGCCACAAGGUAGAAUAUCUACUAUUACAUGUAGAUGUACAAAACCAUGCAGCUGGUAUCAGUUUCGUAUUCUGGUGUUGACACAUUUCGUUGCAGCAGCAAUUGGUGCCGGAAGUUUAUAUUUUGCACUCUUUUUGAAAAAAAAUAAACGCACAUUGAACGAUAAAAAUAAAGAAGAAGGAAAGAAAGGCAUCAGCAAUGCCUCAUAUAAUCUGCAGAAAGGUUCGACUGAAAACAUGAGAGUUCCAUGCUUCAGUCACCAUGAUGAGGGCGUCUAUUGUGAAGUAGCAGAAAAACCACGAUCAUUACCUUCUCAUACCAACUUCUCGUAUUCCCUUGCUGACGAUUCUGCAUUAGAAAGUCGAAAAAACACCGGACUUCCAGAUAUUCCACAGCAGACAAAGAAAAAUAACGACCUAUAUCUGACCCCUAUAAGUAGAUCUCUACCACAUGAAUAUCUUGUUUCGUCGGGAAAGGCUAUUACAGAAUCGUACGCCAUGGAUGAAAAUGAGCAGCGCUGGACAAACGACAGUAAAAGUGAAAUCAAUGUCAUGAAUGAGGCCGACAGAUUGAAAGAUACUUUGGAUACUGAGUUGUCCGAGCAAUACUUUGUUCUUGAGAAAGGAUCUGACAUGGAUCUCAAGUAACACGAACUUUAUAAACCUCAAUUCGUGUACGAAAGAAAAAAAACGUAAAUUGUCACAUUCUUACAAUAAGAUGCAGGUAUUAAGAAACUAUAAAUCUGAUCUCUCAUUACAUAUGUAUUUACAUUUAUGUUCAUCAUUAUUUACAUAUAUAGAAUAAGGCUUACAAUUAUAUAAUGACAUGCAUCCCUAUGUAUUGUAGAUUGUAUUUUGUUGAAAUAAUUGUCACUAGGGUUAGAGUGGGGGCUAGUGUAGGGAUUACGUUUGAACGGAAAUAUUUCAACCUUGCAAGAACCAAAUCUCCAAUUUGUGAUACACUCUUAUAACUCAAUAUACUUAUUUCAAAUUGUUCAAAUCAUUGAAUUAAAUAAAUUGAUAUUUAUCAGAAAGAUAACGUGACUCUGGUAAAUGAUAUGGUCGAUAGGACAUUUUUCCCCUUGAACUGGAACAUUCAUUUCACGAAUUCUUUGAAAGUUUUAUUUCAGAUCUUUAUUUUUUGUUACAUAGA